GAGUGCCACACAUCAAAACUCAAAAGCAACCACUAAUGGAGUAAUUGAAGGGACCACUGAGUAGGUGAAAUGAUAUUGUCAAGAAGACUAGCAAUUACAGGUCAACAUUUUGUUUGGGGUCCUCUCCGACAGUCCUACUUGGAGAGGAGGCCACACAUUUUUUGGGCUUUAUCAUUUUCACUAAGAUAUUUCACCAUCUUAUGAUCUUAUCUCUUCCUUUGAUUGCAUCCAAACAAUCAUUCAUCAAACACUUUUCGAGUUCAAUGGCAGAAGCAAUAGCAAUAGGAUUAGCGGUUGAUGGAGCGAAGGCGGUGACAACGGCGAUCAUAGCUAGGGCCGUGGAGGAGAUAAGGCUUGCUAGUUGGGGAUUUAAGGAUCACCUUGAAAAGCUCAAAGAAAGAGUGUUGUACAUUCAGGCAUUUCUGGAGGAUACGGGAAGUGCAAAACAAGCUGAGAAGAGCCAACUUGUGAAUCGUUGGCUACAAAAAUUGGUGGAUGUGGCUUACUCUGCUGAUGAUGUUAUGAAUGACUACGCUUAUGAGAUGUUGCGUAGGAAAGCUGAGCCUAAGAAUAAGUUCCGCAAGUUUUUUACUCCUUCGACUAACCCCGUUUUAUUCCGGUGCCAUAUCAGUUGCCGGGUCAGCAAGAUCCUCUCGGAGUUCGAUGAUUUGGACAAAGAUGCAAAGAUCAUUGGUCUCCAGCCGGUUCAGCUAGCUAGAGAAGCGGUUGCACCCGGUUCUAGUUACCAAAGGAAUGAUAAGUUGGAUCAAGUUCGGGAACAUGCUGAUGCAAUAGGUUCUGAAUUUAUUGGGAGGAAGCUUGAUGAGGAGAAGUUACUACCAAUGCUUCUCAAUCCCACCGCCAAAGAAGGUCUUCUCUCCAUCGUUGCCAUCAUUGGAAUUGGAGGUGUUGGCAAGACAACAUUAGCACGGCGUCUAUAUGAAAAUGAGAAAGUUGACGAGAAAUUUCGUAAGAAAAAAAUGUGGAUAUGUGUUUCAGAGGAUUUCAACGUGGAAAGACUUUUGAAGGAGAUGGUUGAAUCGCUUACAUCAACCAAAUGUGACUUAGCCAACAGAGAUGCGAUUGUAAAGAAACUACAAGAAGAGUUGAAAGGGGAGAAAUAUCUUCUUGUACUUGAUGAUGUAUGGAACAAGAAUCAAGAAUUGUGGGAUUCCCUAAAAAAUGUAUUGCUCAAAAUUAGUGCUUUUGAAGGAAGUGUGAUUUUAAUUACCACCCGUGAAAUUGAUGUUUUGGAGAAAUCACGUGCUUCUUGUUCAUACGAGCUGGAAGGAUUAUCAGAAGACGAUGGAUGGGCUCUCUUGAAACAUAAGGUUUUCUCUGAGAUAUUUCCAUAUUUUCAUUCUUUUGAAGAUAUUGGUAAAAGAAUUGUUAGAAAGUGUAAGUGUGUUCCUUUGGCAAUUAAAUCGAUCGGAGGCUUGCUGCAAUCAAAGAAGACAGUGUCUGAAUGGGAAGAAAUAGCAAAAAGUGAGUUGUGGGAAUUGCAAUUUGAGGAUGAAAACUAUAUCAUGCCUUCGUUACUGUUGAGCUACAAUCAUUUACCUAAUGCGUCUGUUAAGCUAUGUUUCGCAUACUGUGCAAUCUUUCCUAAAGAUAAAGUGAUGCAGAAGAGUGAGUUGAAGGCUCUUUGGCUGGCCCAGGGCUUCCUUCAAGAGACAUCUGAAACAAGCAGCUCGACUUCAACAAACAAUGCUGAUAACUAUUUUGCUAUGUUGGUGAAUUAUUCCUUCUUACAAGCACCAGAAGAACGUUAUCGAAUCGAGUACUACCAAAUGCACGAUUUAGUGCAUGAUCUUGCAAACUACGUUUUAAAACGGGAUUUGUUGGUGUGCAAGGUAGAAGCCAUACCAGAGGGUGCCUCUACCUCUUAUAUUCGAUAUUUGAUAUUUAAUUUAGAAAGGGAUGAGAUGGCACCUGAAAUUCCUGCAAUGCAAAGGUUGAAAACAAUAAUGUUCUGGGGUGGUGUACCAAGGUGGGAGUCAUUGCUUUGUGCACGAUACCUAAAUACAUUGAUCAUAGCCGAUAUUAAGAUAACAUUGGUUCCUUCUGUUAUUGGGAAACUUGUGCAUCUACGGUAUCUUGACCUAUCUAAUAAUGCUUUUGCGGCACUGCCGGAGUCAAUCUGCAAACUUUAUCAAUUACAAACACUGAGACUGUUGUACUGUCAUAAGCUGAAGGAUCUGCCCACACAAUUGUGUAGGUUGGUCAACUUAAUACACAUCCCGACAACAUACCCAAUUUGUGCAUCAAGAGGAAUACGUCAAUUAACUAGGCUGCAAACCUUGCCUCAUCUUGAGUUACAUGAUGGAGAUCAAGGAUGGACCAUUGAUGAACUGGAACUUUUGAAUGAAGUUGAAGGUGAGAUAUACAUCAGUGGCCUUCAACAUGUAAAGAACAAGGAAGACGCAACAAAAGCGAGCCUAGGAAGCAAGAACCAGAUGUUGAAAUUAGAUUUGCGAUGGGAUUCAAAAGAUGAUGAUGUUUUGCUGGGUAUUGAUAAUGAUGUUCUGGGUGGUCUUGAACCUCACUCAAAUGUGAAAUCAUUAACUAUAAAAGGAUUCAAUGGCCUCACGUUCCCUUGUUGGAUAAUGAUGAUGGCUGUGAAACAAGGAGGAGGAAAUUCAAUACCGCUUAGCAAUCUAACAGAGAUUAAACUAAGAGAAUGCAGGAGAUGCCAACAACUUCCCACGCUCGGGAAACUACAGAGUUUGAGGAUUUUAAAGUUACAGGCUUUCGAUGAUGUGGAGUGUAUAGGGGCUGAGUUUUAUCAAAGGAGCAGUGACGAAAAUAAUGGUAGUGAGUUUCACGCGAGUGCAAAAGAAGAGGUAUUAUUUCCAGUUCUAACAGAGUUCUAUAUAGAAGAUUUCAAGAAGUUAAAAGCUUGGAUGCCACCGCCACUAUCAACAUCACAUGCUUUUCCUUGCCUUGAAACUCUGGAAAUUAGGAACUGUGAUAACCUUAAAACAGUACCAACCCAACACUUUCGAUCCCUAAAACAUCUAGAACUUGAAUAUCUUGGUGGCACUCAGCCCUUUGAUAUCAUUAAACAUAAUAGUCAUGGUCUCAUUAGUCUUACAGUGGAAGGAAUGCAAGAGAUAGAACUGCCAAAUUGUCCGAACCUCGAGCUUCUGAAUAUAACUAAUUGUCAGCAUAUGAAGUCUAUAUCCAGUAGUGCCCUGAUAUUUCUUCAGAAAUUGAGUAUAUAUAAUUGCCCCUCCUUGAUUUACAUUCCAGAUGGCUUCUCUUCCCUACGCCACUUAGAGAUUCGCAACUGCGAAGUUUUAGAAAGGAUACCACUAAAUCUGGAAGAUUGCACUUCUUUAGAGGAUCUGUAUAUAUAUCAUUGCCCAUUAAUACAGGGUUCCGUCUCAGAUAUAGGAAAAUUGCAUGGUCUAAGGUAUUUGGGUUUAGUGAAUUCAGGAAAGAUGACGUCUUCCUGGCCUCAGUGGAUUCAACAACUUCAUCGCCUUUCAUACUUAGAAAUUAGUGGUGUUGAAGAUAAUGGCAUUGAUAUGACUACCCCACUGCCACUAACCCUGGUAUCACACAAAUCUCUUACCCGUCUACACUUGAGGGCGGGUUCUCGAGAACACGAGUAUCUGCCUCCACAACUAGCUCAAUGUUCCUUCCCUGGUCUUCGAAUCCUGAUAAUUAUUGGUUUUGUACAACUGAAGAGACUUCCGGAGUGGAUAGGCAACUUCACAUCUCUUGAGGAAUUGCAAUUAAUAUGUUGUGACAAUUUGGAGUUUCUACCUUCCCAAGAAGCCAUGCAACAUCUCUCCAAAUUAGAGAGCCUCUCUACUUUUCUUUGUCCACUUUUGAAAGCAAGAUGCGCAGAAGGUGAAGGAUCUGAAUGGCCCAAAAUCUCACGGAUUCGCAAUAUUAACAUUCAAUAAUAUUAAAACAUGCUACCUUCUGUUUUCAAGCUGCUAAGGUUUUAAGGUGCUUUUGCUUCAUUGAUAUGGAUAUCAAGGCUAUUUUGGGAUUUUAAUAUUUUGAUUAUUUUUAGUAAAUAAAUGUGAGCCCAACUUACAAGGGACGUAUAAUUUAAUUAACAAUUCUAGUAGAUUUUAGGAAAGUUACAUGGUUUUACUAGUCCCUUUAAGGAUUAGGUUUUACAUGUGGCAAAAAAAAUUGUAUUUAAUUGCAAUUUGGAAACUUUUGAAUGUAUGGGUUGUAAUAUUUUAUUGCAAUACUACUUUGGGUUGAGUACAAA